UUAACGUCUCAUUUAUAUGAAAAAGAAGAUGAUAUCAUUCCUGCGAAUUUUCUGUCAGCACAUCCCGUGCACCUAAAAUUGAUAUGUAUGUAUAUUUGAAAACUGGUAUCAAACACAAGGUAUUUUCCGAAACACAGACAGAUACCUCUGUCCCCCUUCUGGACUUUGAGACUAACAAUCUUCGUAUAGGGUAACGUUAUUUUAGUGUGAGAAGUACUAAAAUAAUGGGGAAUGAUAACACGAGCGAUUUACAGUCAGCCCUCGCAGAGAAAGGAUUGACAAUUUCCAUCACACAAGAGAAGGGCCGUUGUCUCGUUGCGACGCGCUCUUUUGCUCCAGGAGAGAUUGUACUAGUUCAGGAGCCAUAUGUAUCUGUACUCGAUGCUGCCUCCAUAAAUAAGAGAUGUGAUACAUGUUUUCAACUGUCUAUGAACCUGAAAAGAUGUUCUGCUUGCAAAUUGACUUGGUACUGUAGUAGUAUGUGUCAGAGAAAUGGAUGGAAACUACAUCAAUAUGAGUGCAAAGCAAUUAUGUUUCUCAAGGAGGAGAAACAACAAAUACUCACACCUUCAUUGCGACUGAUGUUGAGGCUUCUCAUUAAGAGAAAAUUGCAAAAUGAUGAGGUUAUUGCAAAGACGACAAUGGAUAACUACAUGCUAGUUGAAGCUCUACCAACUCAUAUGCUUGAUGUUGAUGAGAAGCAAUUGGUUUUAUAUGCACAAAUGGCGAACCUGGUUAAUAUGAUUAAACCAUCCGAGGAGAUAACAAUAAAGGAAAUCACCCAAAACUUUUGUAGGUUUGCUUGCAACGCUCAUACUAUCUGUGAUAGUGAAUUAAUGCCUAAAGGGACAGGUCUUUAUCCCAUUAUCUCCAUCAUAAACCACAGUUGCUUUCCAAAUGCUGUUCUUUUGUUCGAAGGAAAGAAUGGCUUUGUUCGUGCUGUGGAAACUAUAGAAGAAGGCUCUGAGCUGACACUAAGCUAUGUUGAGAUUGCUGCAAAUACAUAUUCACGCCAAAAAUCCCUCAAGGAACAGUAUUUUUUUGAUUGCAAAUGUUCACGGUGUCUAAAAUUGGGCACUCCUGAAGGUCUUUAUGAAGAUUCUAUUCUAGAAGGCUUCCAAUGUUCAAAUGAGCUUUGCAAGGGAUAUUUGCUUCAUGACCCUGGAAAUGCUAAGAAUUUAAUAUGGCAGUCAUGUGGUUGUAAGUGGAACGAGGAUGAAAUGGAGAAGCAAGUUAAAAAGACUGACAAAGUUCUCAAGGAGGCCUCAAAAUUUCUUUCAUGUGGAAAUGUGUCUGAGGCACGACAUUUGUAUGAGCAAGUUGAACAUCUUCAAACUCGGCUUUGGCAUCCAUAUUCAGUACACCUGAUGAGAACACGGGAUACCCUAUUGAAGAUAUGCAUGGAGUUGCAAGACUGGAGAGAAGCUCUCAAGUAUUGCCGAUUGACUCUUCCGGCCUAUGAAAGGGCUUAUCCAUCAAUUUAUCCUUUGGUGGGAUUACAGUACUAUACAUGUGGGAAACUUGAGUGGUUUCUUGAGAACACAGUGGAGGCUCUUAAGUUUUACUCAAAGGCUGCAGAGAUCUUAGCUGUUACACAUGGACACAACUCAGAAUUUGUGAGGGAACUAUUUGACAGAAUACAGGAAGCACGUGCAGAAACUUCUCACUUGAGUGCGAGCCAUGAUCACUAUGAUAGGACAACCGAUAUCAACCAUGGGAAAGAACAAGCGAGAAAUGAUGGAACAACGAGAGGCUGAAAAUGAAAGACAAAGGCAAGGUAUGAAGAAAUUACGUGACAUAAGAACAAUGGGAGAAGAAGGUAUGUCAUCCUCAACAUCUUAAUUUGAUUUACCAAACGAACAUAAUUCACUUAAUGCAAUUGAAGAAGAGACAUUUGAUUAUCGUAUGAACCUAAUGCAAUUGAAGAAGAUACUGCAUUGAAUAAUCAAUUAAAUGAUGAACAUACACCUGCUCUAUUUGAUGAAUUGAAUGUACACAAUGCACCGAUGUUAACACCUCCUAGAAUCAUUCGUAGGAAACCAAAGUAUCUAAUUGACAUUGAUGAAAAUGUAUUGAAGCCGAUGCUUGAUAAAAUGAAUGAACGAACUAUUAGGAGAAUGGUUAAAAGAAUAUGACAAAACUAUUUUAAAAACUUAAAUCAAACCGCAAUGUCAAUUAAUUGUUCAAAUGAUUAAAAAUUUGAAUUUUAGAGAAACAAUGAAAAUUAUAGGCCUAAGAUCAUCUAAAAGUAACAACGAAAGAACUAUUGUGAGAAAUCUAUUUGAUGCAUAUCAAGCUAUUGGUUCAAAAUCACAUACUAAAGAUUCUAAUGCUACUCGACGUGUCAUUACAUCAACUAUAAAGAACAAGAAAAUAAAAAAAAGAUCGUUUGAUAAGAAAAACAAGUAAGUCAUUAAACGUUAGGAGAACAACAUUAAGUAAAGCAUUACAAAGGCGAAUAAAAUAGAGGAACCUAACAAUAAUUCUCUUUGGGUAUUCUCGGGUAGACUACCACGCAAAGACAAGGUUGUUGUUGAUGCAUUAAGAACAAUAAUUAAAUUUUUUUGGCAUGACAACACAAGAGUUUCGCCCAACCAAAGAGAUGUUGUUAGAAGGCGAAUCAGUCUACAAACCAUGAGCCACAUGGCAAAAACUAUUUGGAUAUGACUCAAACAAAAUUUUAUGAAAGAUUCCUUGAAAAGUUUCCUCAAAUAAGAAUUUCUCAAAUAUUUUUUGAAAUGGCAAAACCUUUUUAUAUUAAGAUUAAUCAUGUAUGCACCACAUGUUGUUGUAGGAUGCAUAUUAAAUUUUCCAUGCACUAUGAUAUUUUUCGUCAUAAAUGUUCUACUUUGCACACUAAUGAUGUUUUGUAUGAAUGCAAUAUACAAGCACCUCCUAAGUCGGUAAGAAAAUUUAUUUCAAGUGUGCUAUGCAAUAGACAUGAUGGUUGCAUUUAUUAUAAGAUGCUUUGUUUGGAAGGCUCUUGUGCUAUAUGUGGUGGUUUGCAACAUUUACGAAGAUGUGUACAUUUGGAGAGCACACAUGAAAUUGGUAGGAAACUAGUUUCUUUUGGAAAAUACAAGAUAGUCACAUAUGGACUUAAAAAUCAAAUUUUUUUGAAGAGAUGUGAGCUAGUGAAAAAUGAUAUAUGUGUAGCUAAAUUUAUGAAAAUGUUUAAAGAUAAACUAGUUUAUGAGUACACUAUGCAUACAAAACGCUCAAUGGUUAGAUGAAGAAUUCAAGUUAUGUAAGGACACAUUUCCUCUUGGCACCAUUGUCUCUAUUGUUGAUUUUGCUGAAAAUUAUACACUACAACCUCAAAAUUAAGUGCAAUCUAUGUAUUAUCAUUCUACACAAGUUUCUAUUUUUGUACACAUAACAUUUAUGCAUGUAGAUGAUAACACAAAUGAGGAUAGAAAGGUUGUAAGAGAGUAUCACUUCUACAUAAGUGAUGCUUGUACUCAUUCAUCGAAUUUUGUACAAGGAUGCUUUAAAUUUUUCUAUGAUAAUUUAAAGGAAAAAAACAUACAAUACAACCAACACUUAAUAUGGUUAGAUAAUUGCACCGCACAAUUCAAGAAUGCAAGGAUGUUUUAUCAGUUGACAAGGAUGCAUAUCACAAGUGGUGUACAACACUUUUGAAAUUUUAUUGAGGCUUAACAUGGUAAGGGAGAACACGAUGGUGUAGGAGCAUGUGCAAAAAGAGCCCUAGCUAGAGAAGAAUUGAAGUACGAAGGUGGUGCUAAGUUGAUAAAUGUAGAAACAAUUGUGUGAUGGUGUAAGUCUAUGAUGGGUCUAGGUAAUCCAGGUACGUCAAUGGUUCAUAGAUAUUUUUGGUUGAUCACUAAAUUUAACAUUGAAAACUAUCUAGAUUGUUGUAUAGUUGCAGAAUCAAGUGACAUGCACUCAUUUAUGAGUUCAAAUGCAAGUUCACUAGUAAUUUAUAUGAGACAAAUGGUAUGUUUUCGCUCUUCAUGCAUGUAUUGUUUGUGGGAAGAAUGUGAAUUACAAGAGUGGGUUGACAAAUGGUCUUGUAGAUUGUUGGCUCCCAUUGAUACAUAUCAAAUUCCCAAAGCACUACAAUUGAGCUAGAUGGAGACAUCAGUGGAUUUUGACCAUGUAUCCGACCUAGUGGAUUCAAGUGAUUUUUUGAGUUAAUUUUUUUGCAAGUAUUCUUUUUGGUUCAUUUUUUUGUACAUCACACUUUAUUUUUGGUAUAAUUAUCACUUUAUAAAAUUGCAGGUCAUGUGUAUGCAGCUGUUGCAAAAGAUAACAAUGAAGAAGGAACAUAUUAUUAUUUCUAUCGUUGUGUUGAACCUAAAAGAAAAUUGACAACCACAAUCAUUGACAGAGAGGGUAUUGAAUACCCAAUAGGGUCUGUUGUUGUGACAGGAACAUGGCUUAGGAGAUACCCUAUCAAGAAUUAUGAUGUUUGGUUGUUCGAGGACUUUGAAACACACAGACAUAUUCUUCAUUUCUCUAACCUUGUUGUUGCGACAAAUAUUCAUUUGAUGAAGUAUCACGGUAGACCUCAUAACAAGAUUUUAUGGAAAGUUCGUGAAUCUGACCACGAGGCAAUACUUGACACAAUACGGGUUAGAACCAAUUCUGAAGGCUCACUUGAUUGAUUCUAUAGUUCAGAGUAGAAUGAUUUUGAGAAUUUUGUAUAUAUCAUCGACGAAUUGUUCUAUAUUCAUUUUUUGUAUAUAUAAAUAUCCAUGAGCUGAUUUUUACA